CGGAGAGGACGGGCGACGAACGGCUGGGAUGUUUUCAAAAACCAGCGAUGAACGUCACACAGCCGUAGGCUACGGUUAACGUCCAAUAUUUAGGAAAUAACUGUUUAUAUUGCGCAAUAUUCACAUAUAGCUGAACCUGAAUGAGUCGGUGGGAUACGUGUGACCCAGUUUAAAGGUGCAUGAUGAACCUACUGCGCUGUAGCUGUCACAGCUAGUCAGGUGCCGCACCAUGGCCAAACCUGGGAGCGACAGAGAUGGAGCCAUGGUGGAUAAGCAGGCGGGGAAGAAGAGCAAAGACAAGUUGUCCCCUUUCACCAAAACUCCGAAGCUGGACCGGAGUGAGUUGCUGGGGAAGGAAGGGAAAACCAAGUCUUCCAUGAAGCGCAAGCUCUCCUUCACUGCCAGUCCGCUCCGGACCGAGGAGCGAGACUCAGACACCGAUGACUCAGACCCAGGCCAGUCGAGUGAGACCUGGGGAGAGAGAUUAGUGCCUCCCUGCAGGAUAUACGCAGAUAAAGAUGGACCAGACAAGAAGAAGGUGAAAAAGGAGGCAGGGGGUAAGAAGUCCCAGGCUCCCAACCUUUUGUUUGGGUAUCCGCUGUCAGAGCGCAAACAGAUGGCUCUCCUAAUGCAGAUGACUGCCAACAGUCCAGACUCUACCCCCAGUCACCCUUCACAAACGACCCCUGUGCAGAAGAAGGUCCCCAGCAGCGCCUCGUCUCGACAGAAGGACAAGGUCAACAAGAGGAACGAGCGAGGGGAGACUCCCCUUCACAUGGCAGCCAUCCGGGGAGACGCCAAGCAAGUUAAAGAGCUCAUUAGCCUGGGAGCUGACGUCAACGUCAAAGACUUUGCAGGUUGGACUCCUCUUCAUGAAGCCUGUAAUCUUGGUUACUACGAUGUGGCCAAGGUCUUAAUAGCAGCGGGUGCAGAGGUGAACACGCAGGGUCUGGAUGACGACACGCCGCUCCAUGAUGCUUCAAGCAGCGGCCACAAAGAUAUCGUGAAACUGCUGCUACGUCAUGGUGGUAACGCCUUCCAGGCCAACAAGCGCGGGGAGCGCCCGGUGGACGUGGCGGAUUCUCAGGAGCUGGAGCAGCUAUUAAAGGGAGAGGUGCCACUGUCGGACCAAGAAGAAAGCUCCUCAGGUGAUCUUCUCUUGUCUGCAGAGUCUGAAGACCCUCCGUCUGUCAAUCCAUCCAGCGUGGAUGACAACUUGGAAGACUCUGAUACUGAAAAGGACUCAGACGGCAAACCAGCCACGAAAGCGUCAUCGUCCGUGCUAGGACUGGACGAGUACGAGUUCAAGGAUGAGGAGGAGGAGGAGGAUCUCAGUAAAGCCCUGAAUGACAGACACAUCCUCCGAAGGGAACUACGGCAGCGGGAGAAGGAGGAGAAAGAGAGGAAUCAUGUGGCAGGAAAGCAGAGUGGAAAAGGGGAUUCAUCCUCAAAGCCCAAAAGGCAGAAGGCUUCUCGAGUCCACUGCAGCUCGGAUACCUCCAGCGACGAAAUGGAGAGCCUUCCAGAGAAAAGAAAUUCCCCCACCUGCUCUCAAAGUUCAGAGAGCCUCAAGGCAGACACAAGGUCUAAAAAGGAGAAUGCUGAGCAAAAGGACAAGGACAAGGGCAAAGUGAAGAGGAAGAGCAAAAGCCAGAAUAAAAACAAGGAAAACCAAGAGGACGGGAAGGAGAACAGCAAAACUUUGGUUCUCUCUCUCGCAACCGUGUCCGAGAGCACAGAAAAGGGCCGGGAGGAAGACUCCUUUAAGAUGUCUUUCAGUCCUAAAGAUGACUCGUCCGUCCACCUCUUUCAUUUGUCGUCCAUUAAGUCUCCCAAACUGAACCACAGCCUGACUGAUAAACAAACACCACUCAAACAGGAAAAUACUAAGAUGUGCAUUUCCAUCAGCGACAGUUCAUGUCCGGUGGACGGUGUCAAAUACAACCACUACACAGACGCAGACUACUGCACUGAAGGCUCCAGCACCAAGGGGUGCAAGCACAAAGAGAAGAGCAAACAUCAACAGAAAGACUCUAGCGGAGACGGGGACGAUGGUCAUUCGAGUCCUUACAAAGAGGGCAGCAUAGGAAACAGCGUGGACAGCAGUGAAGGUGCCUUACGGAAGACUGACUUGGACGGCAAAGUGGUGAAGAAGCAUAAGCUUAAACACAAGGAGAAAGACAAACACAGGAGGGAAUACGAGGCAGAGCGCAGCCGCCACAGGCAGAAGGAGGCCAGGAAAGACAGCCACAGGAAUUUGGAGUUUGACAGAGAGUUCUGGAAAGAGAAUUUUUUCAAAAGUGAUGAGACAGAUGAACAUCUGCCAGUAAAAAAGGAAGGUGAAGACAAUAGCUCGCUUCACAAGACCUCUGAUUCAUCUCCUGUCAAAGAUGAGAGAAACACGAAAGAGAAGCACUCGAGCAGCAAGGAAAAGAGGCCGAGAGAGGAACGAGAAAAAGACAAGGCUGUGAAAAAAGAGCGGAAGGAGUCUGCUGGUAAAGAGGAGAAGGUAAAGGAUUCAAAGCUGAGCGAGCGUGACGAGAGGGUGGACUGCCACGGCUCAGGGCGGAUUCCUGAGGAGACGCUGCAGAGCAACAGCAUGAAAGAAGAGACAGAAGAGAAACCCAUAAGUGGGAUCACAGCUGAUCAAGAACAGCUGGAGCUCUCUGAAAAAGCAUCACGCGAGAAAACUGACAAGAGGCUCCCAGGAAAGGAGAAGGAUUCAGAGAAAAUGGAGAAAAGGCAUCUUGACAAGGAAAAAAAGGUUAAAACGGAGCAUGCUGACAAAGCUGAAGCACAGAAUUCAGUAGAUCGUUGGAAGGAAAAAGAAAGAACAGGAGCUAUUUCUUCCCACUCGCCUGGAGAUAAAAACUACAAAGAGAAUGAGAAACUGAAAUCUUUAUCCACAACCAAAAAGCAUGAAGACAGCAGGAAAAAUAAAGAUAAAUUUGACAAGCGGUCUGAUAGGGAGAAGCAGGACAGAGAAUAUGGUGUUGGGGAUCACAGAGAAAAGGAACGCACCAGCUCUGAUAAGAAAGGAAAACCUCUUGAGAAGACCACAGAUCAUAGUAAAUCCGAUCGCUCUAAAGAAAAGGACUGUGAAAGGAAAAAGAGAGAUAAAAUAAAAGAUGGAACUCUUUCCUCAAGCUCCAAUCUGAAACUACUCUUAGAGGAGAAGAAGAGCUAUCUGUCCGAGAGCAGCAAGUCCUUAUCUACAAAAUCAAAGGAGGAAGUUGUGAGAACACCGGAGAAAGAUCGUGACAGGAGAGACCGGGACAGAGACUCAGAUAAACACAAGGACAAGGAUAAGGACCGACACAAAGACCGCUCCCAGCAGGCCAAAAUCAACAAGGUCAAACCCAACGAGGCAGAUGCAGAUAAGGCCAAAUCAAAAGCUUCGCCAGCAACACGAGACGCCAAGCCCAAAGAGAAGAGGCUUGUGAACGACGACUUAAUGCAGACGAGUUUUGAGCGCAUGCUCAGCCUGAAAGACCAGGAGAUUGAGCAGUGGCAUCGCAAACACCUGGAGAAAAUCAAGCAAAAAGAGCGAGAAAGGCUUAAACAGCGGCCUCUGGCAGACUCUGGGAAGACCAAGCCCAAAGACAGAACGAAAACCGAACCGUGUCUGAGUAAGGAGCUCAUGCGCUCAAAAAGCUCUGAGGCCUCUGACGCCCACAGCAGAGAUAAACCCCUGAAGGACGGCACCAGCCCCAGAACAAUGUCGCUUGAUGGAAAGAGUCUGCCCUCAAUAAGCGCAAAGGUCAUGUCAGCUGUGGAAAACUGUCUGACCAGAUCACCCCGACCAGAGAGCGAACGCUGUGGCCUCAUGUCCAGGUCCGUGUCCUUGGUUUCCGUCGCCAGCUCGGAGGAUUCGUGUCAAGCGACAACAUUAACACCCAGACACGUCGAAUACGACUCUGACAUGAACCUGGAAGCCUCAGACUCUCAACCUGCAUUCCUCCAGUCUUCCCUCGUCAUUCAGGCCACCAGAUCGCCGCCUGUUCAUGAUAAAGAUUGCAACAGUCUUCCAGACGCAUCGCAGAGUAAUCGGACGCCGCUGCCCGGCAGACACGAAUCUCCGUACCUCAGGGCUAUUCUGGAUGAGGAUGCCAACUCAUCGAGUGAAGGUAAAGCUUCUGAAAAUCUGCCAAAGCCCAACCAGCCCACAGAGGAGCCGGGAACAAGAGAGACCUCAGCAGAAAUGGAAGAGAGCCAACCACAAUGUAUAAAUUCAGUUGCAGAUUCAGCCACAGAAAGAGAAAACAGCACUCCUGAUGGUUUAACGUCACAAAUAUCAAACAAAGAUCCUCAGAGUAAAAGCUUAGCGCUUCCAGAGUGCAGUAGCUCUCAAACGGGAUCAACAGAGCAGAAACCUCUUCCCUCCUCUGAUCCUCCUGUUGUGAAGGACGUCCAGUGUCUGACAGAGAGUGCACAGGCAGAGUGUAGCAGCAAGGAUGCAGAUCAACCAUCGACACCUGCAGCUUGUUUACCUGCUGAGCCGCCAGAGCUCACCAACACAAAAGCCCUUCAGCAGAGGGAACCGCUCGCUGUUUCCGUUGAGGAGAUGGUGCAGCAGACAGAACCAGGUCCCACAAAUGUUUCCGACCUUAAAGAGGAACCUCUUGAGAGCGCUGACGGAGCAGAAGAGGAGAGUAUGGAAACGGAGAGCUACAGAACAGAGGCCAGAGGAAGUCCCAUACCCUCCACCAGUUCGCACAUUCCCAGCUCCACUGCAGCGGAGUCCUUACCAGGCUUUAGUCAAACAAGCACCGAGUCCAAAUGUUCUCCGGAGGACAUGGAUGUAAAUGACCAAGACUGCAAGAACUCCAGAUCUCCCAGUGACGAUGCAGGUUCGUGUCUCGAGGCUCAGGUGGAGAAAAAGGAAAGCGAGCCGUCCUGCAGUUUGAGCCCUGAACACAAGGCUGAGGAGAUGACUGAUGUCCCGCAGAGCUCAGAUAACAACAGCACCGCUGCGGUUUCUGUUGCAACAGAGAGUUCGUCAGUGGAGGGCAGCGUGGCUACAGAGGCCUCCUCUGAAUCUACAGCAGAAGCCAGCGCAGAGCCGAUGGAGGUGACGCCUGCCGAUGAGAAACCAGAGUCAUCCUCAGCCGGUGAAGAGCAGAGUCAAAGCGCCGCCCAAUCGGCAGCUCAGACUGACAGCAGUAUCAGCAGCUGCAGCAGCGGCAGCAGCAGUGGCAGCAGCAGCAGUAGCGCAUCAGGGAGUUCCUCUCCACAAUCUGGUGACCGGGACUCUGAUUCCUCUGGGGCGAAGGUCAAGAUUCGCUCUGCAGAUGAGGAGGUGGACAUCCACGUUCCACAUCCACGCAAGAGAAAGAUGCCCAAAGUGUCGAGCUCCCAGCCGUGCCCCACGACUCAGCAGCAGGAGAAGGACCGAGGCCAGCGGUCUCUGGCCGCCAUCGUGGACUCCGUAAAGCUGGAAGAGAUUGAGCCCUACCAGACGGAAAGGGCCAACCCGUACUACGAGUUCCUGCACAUCAGGAAGAAGAUUGAGGAGAAGCGCAAAGUGUUGUGCAGCGUCACCCCCCAGCCACCGCAGUAUUAUGAUGAAUAUGUGACCUUCAACGGAUCCUACCUCUUAGAUGGGAACCCACUAAGCAAACUCUGCAUACCAACAAUAACUCCACCUCCAUCGUUACCUGAGCAGCUGAAGGAGAUGUUCAAACAACAAGAGGUGGUGCGGAUGAAACUACGACUACAGCACAGCAUUGAAAGGGAAAAACUGAUUGUUUCAAAUGAACAGGAAGUCUUACGAGUCCAUUACCGUGCAGCGAGAACACUAGCCAAUCAGACUCUGCCUUUCAGUGCCUGUACAGUUUUAUUGGAUGCUGAAGUGUACAACAUGCCUCAAGACGUCCAGGUUGGUGUCAGUUCACCUGGUGACGAUGGCAAAACGUCAGUGAGAGACAGAUUCAACGCCAGGCAGUUUAUGUCGUGGUUACAAGAUGUUGAUGACAAGUUUGACAAACUGAAGACGUGUCUUCUGAUGAGGCAGCAGCACGAGGCGGCGGCCCUGAACGCCGUGCAGCGUCUGGAGUGGCAGCUCAAGCUGCAGGAGCUGGACCCCGCCACCUACAAGUCCACCAGCAUCUUCGAGAUCCCCGAGUUCUACAUCCCUCUCGUGGAGGUCAACGACGACUUUGACCUCACCCCGAUAUGAGCUGCAGGACAGGCGUGCUCUGCCACAGCGGCGGCCAUAUCACGGACACGAGACGGCAGCCCCGCACACAUUCGAGGAAAAGGAAAAGAAAAAUGUGAAGCACUUAGAAUGUGGCGCUAACACAAAAGAGCAUUUAGAAAAGAGACGAUUUUACUCCACAGCUCUUACAAACCGGCGCGGCCCACCACGAGGACCGGCUGCUCCUCGUACAGAAAAAGGAGGUCCACGGAGCGCAGGGAGCAGAGACCAAAAGCUGUGGCGAGUCACACAGAGUGUGGACGACACCUGCUCCUGCUCCUCAUCCAGCAGGGUCACACAACUGAAAGAGUUCAAUUGUUUUCAAAGUGAGUGUUCAUACAUUGUGUACAGACUGUGCUCUUAAUUUUUUUAACUUAUUUUAUACAUAAAAAAUUGUGCAUUUGUAAAUAGUCAUGUAAUUAUUGUUUUAAACUUGUAAAAACAAAAAAUAAUAGAUAUUUUGAUUGUAAACUUGUUCUGUCUCAUGUUUUAAUGGACCAAAGUUGGUUUUUAUAUCGAGUGUCCUCUUCGUCCGUGAUGUUCUUGUUGUUGUUGGCUUAAAAUCUUUAAGCAUGUGUUGGCUUUUGUUGUGUUUUUUGU